CAUCGUGAAAAGCAAGCAGCUAAAUUGUGUGCGAAUUUUCGUGCGCUAUUUGUUUUUCUUGACUUGAAUUACUAAUUAAACAGAGUUGGUGAUCAUAUUACUAAUGUGACAAUAAGCUAAUGAUGUCAAACUUGCAAAAUUUGUGUAAAAUUACAAGAAAAGCGAGAAAGAAUUGCGCAAUAGUGUUUUAAGUGGAAAUAACAAAAAAAAGAACAACGAUAAAGAACAGCAACAUCAACUACACAAAAGCAACAACAGGCAAGGAAGCACACCAUCGUUGGAGGCACGCACUCUCAAGGCGUGUUUAAUUGAAAAGCAGAUUUUUAAGAAACAUUUUUUACUUCAAUCAGUGUUUUACAUUAAAGUUGGGCAAAAUUUGUCGGCCCUGUUUACUUAAAACACUGUGAAUAUUUCACAGGUGUGGUGUGUGGGCGGUAUUGCGGCAGCGACUGAAGCAGGUGAAGUCACAGCUGCAUACACACACACUUGGGUCAAAAACCGCUCUUUGUUGCUCAACAAGAACAAUUGCUCCAUUAUGGAAGUAAAAGAUGUGUUGCAUCGUGAGGGGCGAGACGCGAAAAAUUUACUUAUCUACCAAUUUCGCGACGAUCAACUGCCAACCGAUGGCUGCCAACCCGCUACGGGAAAAACUUCACCUUUGUCGCUAAACGUACGCAAGCCGCCAGUUGCACCCUCGAAGUCACCCAACUCGCUCAAGAGCGCACUUUCGCCUAUACAUACUGCGAAAGUGCAAAAGACUGGGCCGCGUGUGCGUAGUGCUUCCACAGGCCGCGACAAAAAAUCCGAGCUACAAGCACGUUACUGGGCGCUGUUGUUUGGCAAUCUGCAGCGCGCUGUCAAUGAAAUCUAUCAGACGGUAGAGUGCUGUGAGAACAUAUCAUGGUGCCAGGAGGCGAUUUUGGUGCUCGAAAACUAUGUGCGCGAUUUCAAAGCUCUCAGUGAGUGGUUCAAGGUUUCAUGGGAUUACGAGUCACGGCCUUUACAGCAGCGACCGCAUUCGCUUGCAUGGGAAGUUCGGAAAAGCAACCCGGCACCACGUGUACGUGCUAAAAGUUUAACCAGUCCCACUAUGUCGGGCAAGUCAAGUCCUUCAGCAUGUCUGUGCACGUCAGGAAAGUCAUCACCCUGCUGUGGGGACUCGGCAUCACCACGAAAAAGCUUGCGCGCAUGUGAUCCGCUACCAAAAGGUGCUAUGCGCGUUAAUGUGCGUGAGCUAUUCGCCCCAAGUAAAGCUGGAACGGGUAGUGAACGUUCAUCAGAUGCGUCAGAUUCAAAGAAGUGCAUAGAGACUGAACCAGACGCCCAUGUGGAGGCCGAGCCGAUGGAUUUGCCAAAUAGGUGCCAUCAGUAUGCGCAGACUGAUCUUGAAGAUGAUCAUUUGACUUUGGCAGAUGUAAGAAUUAAGAUGCAAAGAGAAGCCGAGGAACGACAGAUGGCUGAGCAUGCAGAGCAAGAACGUUUAUGGCAAGAGGAAGAACUUGAAAGGCAACGCCAGUUGGAGCACCAACAGUGGCAACGCCAGCGCGAACUGGAGAAGGCAGAGCAACACUUGAUUGAACAGCAGCAGCAGCAGUCUGUGGAGGAGCACAAAGUGACAAAUGAACAGCUGCAGCAAGAAACACAGAAGAACUUAGUAGGUGCGUCAGCUGUCACUAGCAAACCGGAUGUGCUUGUAGGAAAUGGAAACGACUCUAGCGCCACGGAUACUGAUGAUUCACAUUUUGGCAUUCAUCGAGAGCCAACGGCAUUAGAGAUGACUGUGCAAAGGCUGAAUCAGAUGGAGAACGAUAUUCUGCUCAAAGAUGCUAAUAAAAUGCCAACUCCACCAACAGCUGAACUUAAAAAGGUAGAGCCCAUAGCUGACAUAAAACCUACUGCCCCCGCUGCCGUGCCAGAUGCUGCGAAGAAAGCAGCCGCACCAGCGCCCGCGCCAGCUCCAAAUGGUCCUCUAAAGUAUUCCAGUGUGUUGAAUCGUCCUGCCGCUGCGCGCGCUGCAACUGUGAAUGCAUCAAAGCCAUCAAUUGUGGCACGUCCUUUAGCCACUGUUUCGGCAGUUAAUAAGCCAGUGCCAUCACAAGCGCAGAAGUCUGCGUUCAACACCAGCUUACGCCGCUCUGCCACUCCUGCCGCGUUGGGAAAAACUUCAGCUACGCGUUUAUCAGCCAGUGGAACAGGCUCCGGUCCCGGAGUUGGCGGACGCUACAUGACGCCACGUCCAUCCAGUAAGACCGACAAUUAUGGACCCCCAACACAUGUCGCUUCACGCUUGUCAGCGCGUUCGCGCACUAUGAUUGAAAUGCAGCCAAAGGAGCAAAAGUCACGCGCUGAACGUCCACAACAGCCACAACGUUAUGCACAUACGGCGGCGUCCUCGAGAAAAUCCUCGCGCGAAGAUAUUGGCAGCUCAAGCUCAACGCUGAAAGCGAGCACAGAACUUAUAUCGUCCUCAAGAAAUAGCCUAUCGCAGGCCGCUGCCGGUGUUGUUCACAUAGACGAACGUCGUUCGGAGCCGAAACAGUUGCCGUCCGAAGCUAACGAUGGUUGGUUUACAGUGAAAAAUCGGCGUCGCUCCAGCAUGCAUUGGGCCAAUCGCUUCAAUCAGCCAACAGGAUAUGCCAGUCUUCCAACAUUAGCGCUCUUCAACGAACAGUUAGCCGAGAAGGAAGAACACCAACGCCACAAAAACAUAGCACCAAAGAAGGAGCCAACGCCAGAAAAUAACAACGCUACCAACUCCACACCACCAACGGCGAAACAAGCGAAAGCACUCAAAGCGCAAAAGAGCGCAGAAAAACCGUUGAAAAGUGUGACGCGCCCGGAAAUAAAAAAUGCCAAGGCAAAAGUUAAUUCACUGCCUGUACCGCGCAAAAAUGCCACUGCCACAUCACACGCGCCCGCAACGCAGCGUAGUGGAGGCAGCGCUAAUGGCGCCAAUUCGGCGCGCGCCUCUCAUGUGCCAACACGCGAGGCGAUUAUUAAGCGGCAGAAGUCUGAUUUGACGGGUCUGAAGAUGACUUCAUUGCAUAAGGAAUAUAUGCGGAGCGAGAAGUACGCGCAACGCAAGCAAAAUGGACGUGCAGGUUCGCUAGAGAGCUCAGCCGCCGACUCGACCGAGACAGUUGUGGACGCAAGUGAUGAACUGGCCAGCAACGACAAUGCCGCUGACAUCCCCGAAUCCACUGAUCAAAACAAAAUUGACAUAAAAAUACAAACCAAUCGUGACUUUUCCAAAACCAUUGGUGAUCUCUACGAGAGUAUUGCCCAAACUGCCAAGGCCUCCACAUUCGGCAGCAAUAAUAUCGGCAUUGCCAGUGGCGCUGGCAAACUUUCAAGCUGCGAUGAGAGUGAGGAGACUUUUGCCAGUGAAACAGAUUGUGACGAAGAUCAGCGCAUGCUGGUGGAGGAGCAAGAAUCAUUGGAGCGACAGAUACGAGAAUUGGAAAACACCGAAAUCGAUGUUGAUACCGAAACAGAUGAGACUGAUGGUGAGGUGGCAUUGGAGCAUGAUCACGAUUGCAACGAAGCGGCAGAUCAAUUGCUCGAUGACGCCUCAUCGAUUGCCUUGCUGUCAGCCGGUGAAGAUGGCAUGGAUCCGAAUCUCAGCUUGGAAAUGCGCUAUCAUGCUUUACUUUCGGAAAUGUCGCGCGUUGAACGUGAGGAGGCAUUGGCCACGCUGCAGGCGUAUGUGGCGCGCCAUCCUGGACGCGCACAGGAGCUGCAUCAGAAGCUGUCCUCGCCGUCGCGCCGACGUUCACUGCACGAAACACUCAAAAAAUAUCAGGCAAAGCAUGCGCGUGCGCAACAAAAACGUGAGCAGGUGCAAAAGGAGAAAACCAUUAAAAUACAACAGCUGCUCGCGCGCGUAGAAGAUGUGAAGGCGGCCAAGCGCCAGCUUAUCGAGGACAAACGGCUAAAAAUGGAGGAUAAAAUGCAGCGCGCCGCAGAGAACCGCGAACAAUAUUUACGGCAAAUAGUGGAGAAAGCGCACGAUGAGGACAAGAAAUUAAAGGAGAUAAAUUUCAUCAAAAAUAUCGAAGCGCAAAAUAAGCGCUUGGAUUUACUCGAAUCGUCUAAAGAUGCUGAGGGUCGGCUACAAGAUUUGGAGCAGGAGCGGCAAAAGCGCUUGGAAGAGAAAGCUGCGCGCGAGGCAGCAGUGGAGCGACGACGCCAAGAGUUGGAAAAAGAGCGCCAACGUAAGUUGGAAAAAAUGAAUGAGACGCGUUUGGAAAAAGAGCAACGUAUUGGUAAAAUGCAGGAGCAAAAAGAGCGCCAGCGCCAGGCAUUGGCACGCGAGAAGGCGCGCGACCGUGAAGAGCGUUUGUUGGCACGUCAAACACAACAACAACAGACCACUGAGGAGCUGCAGCGUAAGAUAUUGCAAAAGCAGCAGGAUUCGGCGCGCCGUCAUGAGGAGAACAUCGAGCAUAUACGCCAACGCGCGCUCGAACUGACACUGCCCACGCGCAACACGGACGAGAAUGGUGUGCAGCGCGAUGAAAACGGCGAAAUAGUGACGGAAGAUGGCGACUUGUCGUCGACCGUGUCAGAUGUGGGUAGUCGCGAGCACACACGCGGUUACAAAAAGAAAAUCAAAAAGUUGAAGCAGCGCAUGGCACAGAGUGCCGAGGAGUACAUGAAGGAACAACAACCGGUGCCAUUGCAUAUGAAACGUGAAAGUCAAGUGCCGAAAUAUUUGAAUCUCGUGAGCAAAGGUGGUGGCGCUCAAGGCUUGGAACGCGCUGUCAGCCAGCUGCUGCGACUUAUGAGUAAAGCGCAAGUAUUCGAUUUUCAGUGCUUCCUGCUGAUGGAUGGGCUGGGUGUUAUCACCACGAAUGUGAUAAGCAAAAGUAUGCAGGAGAACAAUGACAUUCCAAAGAGAGCUGUUGUGCUCGCUGUGCAAUUGUACCGCAAUGCUUGCACGCUUUGUCCGCAAAUCGCGCGUCAUGCCAUACUUGGAAAUACAUUGAGCGCGCUAUUCGAUGUGCUAUUCCAGAGUUUGCAGCUUCCCGAAGAAAAAUCACCGCAACAUCCUGUCGAGUUAUCCACUGAAUUAAUGCUCGCCUGCACGGUAGCCAUGUCACCGUCCUACACGAAGAAGCAUACCCACCCCAAAGUAUUGGAACGCCUACCGGAUUUGAUAAGGGCGCGGAGCGUCACCGCCACUGGUGUAGGUGGACACUACAAUCCUUAUAGCCGCUGCGCGCGUAACGGCAUUACCACAGUAUUAAUGCCGCGCGGUGCUUAUUUCACUCGCUACUAA